AGACAGUCGGCGGCCUGCGGAGGACUUUUGCAAACACUUCCUCUCUGGACAAGGAGGAAUGCAGGAGGCCACCGCCUGCCAUACAGCUCGGAGUGCCGGAGGGAUGUGCCUGCGCCUGUGAAAGUGUGCCAAGAGGAUGAGGACCCAACCAAGCCCGGCAGUGCCCCGUCAAAGCAGAGAGGAGCCCCUGCCCCGGGUGCGGGCACAGCCGGUGGGCACCCCCGUGGCUCAGGGGACCCAGCCUCUCUACACCCACGGGAUGCGUCUGUUCUGGGGCCCCUCGAGGCCCUUCCUCGCCCUGCUUCUGCUGGUUUCCAUCAAGCAAGUUACAGGGUCCCUUCUUGAGGAGACCACUCGGAAGUGGGCUCAGUAUAAGAAGACAUGUCUUCAAGACUUGCACAAUGAACCUUCUGGCAUAUUUUGUAAUGGAACAUUCGAUCGGUAUGUGUGCUGGCCUCAUUCUUCUCCUGGAAAUGUCUCUGUUCCCUGUCCUUCGUACUUGCCUUGGUGGAAUGAAGAGAGCCCAGGAAGGGCCUACAGAUACUGCUCGGCUCAGGGGACUUGGCAGAAGCAAGAGAACGCCACAGAUAUUUGGCAGGAUGACUCAGAAUGCUCAGAGAACCACAGCCUCAAACAAAACGUGGAUCACCUUGCCUUGCUGUCCACCUUGCAGCUGAUGUACACCGUGGGCUACUCCCUCUCUCUCAUCUCCCUCUUCCUGGCUCUUACACUCUUCUUGUUCCUUCGGAAGCUGCACUGCACACGCAACUACAUCCACAUGAACCUGUUUGCCUCGUUCAUCCUGAGAGCGCUGGCCGUGCUGGUGAAGGAUGCCGUCUCCCACAGCUCUUACUCCAGGAGGCCUGACAGCGAGAGCGGGUGGCUGUCCUAUCUGUCCGAGAUGUCCGCCUCCUGCCGCUCCGUCCAGGUCCUCCUGCACUACUUUGUGGGCGCCAACCACUUGUGGCUGCUGGUUGAAGGACUUUACCUCCAUGCUCUGCUGGCGCCCACAGUGCUUCCUGAAAGGCGGCUGUGGCCCAGAUACCUGGUGGUGGGUUGGGCCUUCCCCAUGCUGUUUGUUGUUCCCUGGAGUUUUGCCCGCGCACACCUGGAGAACAUAGGGUGCUGGGCAACAAACGGGAAUAAGAAAAUCUGGUGGAUCAUCAGAGGACCCAUGCUGCUUUGUGUGACAGUUAAUUUCUUCAUCUUCCUCAAAAUUCUCAAGCUUCUCAUCUCUAAGCUCAAAGCCCAUCAGAUGUGCUUCAGAGACUAUAAAUACAGAUUGGCAAAGUCAACACUGCUCCUCAUUCCUUUGCUGGGGGUUCACGAGAUCCUCUUUUCUUUCGUCACCGAUGACCAAGUUCAAGGAUUUUCAAAGCUUAUUCGACUCUUCAUCCAACUGACAUUGAGCUCCUUCCAUGGAUUUCUGGUGGCCUUGCAGUACGGCUUUGCCAACGGAGAGGUGAAGGCGGAACUGCGCAAGUCCUGGGGCCGCUUCUUAUUAGCUCGCCACUGGGGCUGCAGAGCGUGUGUCCUGGGGAAGAACUUCCGGUUCCUGGGGAAAUGUUCCAAGAAGCUGUCGGAGGGAGACGGUGCCGGUGCCGAGACACUCCGGAAGCUGCGGUCCUCACCGUGCAGCUCUCGAUCGGCUUCUGGGACCCUGGGAGAUCGGGGGGCACAGCCUCACCGGGGCCAUGGAACUUGGCCCCGGGGAAUCAGCCUGUCUGAGAGCAGCGAUGGGGACUUCACCCUGGCCAAUACCGUGGAGGAGAUCCUGGAAGAGAGUGAGAUCUAAGGCCGCGUCCAUUGCCCCAGCUCUGUAACCGGGUACUCCUAGGAGGGAUGUUGUAGAGCCCAGGAUCAUCCUCCCAUCCGCUAUCCCCACUUUGAGGUGAAGUGUCUCCUGGGUCGUCAUGCUCUGUACAAAUGAGUCUGUGUAAUGUGCACUGUUCCUCCUGCCCUUGUCACUCUACUGCCCUCCCCUCGUCAGGCAUAUUUCCCAGAAUGUCCACUGGUCCCUGGGGCUUGCCCUAAAUCCAAGUGAGUGGAACCCACCACGAGAGAAGUCAUUUAUUAACUAGGGUCCAGCCAGUACUUCUUCCCCCCGCAUGGCACAUGGCCUCCUUCCGAGAAUGGGUGUAGGGUCCGCUGGAGCCCCACCGGAAGCUUUGAGGUGUUAAGUUCUGGGGAAUCAUGGGCAGCAUUCUAAGAGAGUGAGUCUGAGAUGAUGACCAAGAAUUGGAAGCAUUUGCCAAGCCCUUGAGGAAAUUCUGGGAGGUCCACCUUCGGCCAAACCUGGGCAGGAUGGAGGGAGUUGCUGCUCUGCAUUUGCUGCUCCCCUGGGAGGGUGUGGUCCCAUGCUGUCCCCAGACCCCUCUCCUCCCUGCUUCUCUUCUCUUCCCCUCCCAUUAAGUCUCAUCUCCCUUUCUCCAUCUCAGUUCUGUUUGGGGUUGAUGGAAGUUUAAAUGUCACACUACUGUAUGCGCUAGUUUCUGUUCUCACUGCUGUGGCCGAAAUACCUGGCAAGUAGCAAUUUAAGGGAGGGAGUGCUAUGUGGGAUCAUAUUUUGGGAGUACAGUCUGCCGUGGCCGUGAGAUGGGUCCCAAUGGGGCGGCUCAUGAGGCGGCUGGUCACUGGCCUAGUCAGUGUGUUUGUUGGUUUUUGUCAACUUGGCACAAACCUAAACCUCUCUGGGAAGAGGGACCCUUAACUGAGGACUUUCCUCCAUCAUUCUGUCCUGUAGGCAAGUCUGUAGGAGCAUUUUCUUGACUGAUGAUUGAAGUGGAAGGGCUCAGUUCACUGUGGGCGGUACCGUCCCUAGGCAGGUGGUCCUGGGUUGUGUAAGAAAGCAGAAUGAGUGAGCCAUGAUGAAGAAGCCAGUAAACCACUUGCUUCCAUGGUUCCUGCCAUUGCCUCUGCUUGAGAUCAUAUCCAGGCUUCACUCAGUGACAGGAAAGCCAAAUUAACCCUUUCCUCUCUUCCCAAACUACGACAGCAGUUGGUACGGGAGAGUGAGCUACUGCUGUGGCUAGCCUGGUCUUGCUGUUUUGGGGAGGACUAUAGAAGUGUUGGAAUUUCAGGCUGGAAAAGCCACUGAGUGCUCAAAACUUAGUGGGCCUUACUGUGAGAGCUGGGUAAUUAGAGUGUUGAGGGAAACACAGUCGAUGGAGGCUUGUGAGUUUUCAGAGGGAAGGGAAGACUCUGUUUUGGCUGUUUGAGCUUUUUUGAAUUUAGUCUGUAAUUUCUGGUCAGCUGGUGCUGAUGAAUCCACUCACUAAGAGAUCAAAAUCACUGAGACAGAAUCUUCUGGGAGGUGCCCUCGGGGUCAGGAGCUGUGGACUGAUGGGGAGGCAGCCAGGUUGUAAAUCAGGCUGGCAGCAAACCUGGGGGAACCAGGAAGUCAAACAGCAGAGAAAGAUGGAUUCUGGCGCUCUGCUCUCUUCUUCCGUUCUAUUCAGCUGGCUUGGGCCGUGCUGCCCGUGUUCAGCAUGGUCUUCCCUCUCAGUUAAGCCUCUCUGGAAAGGUCCUAAGGCACCAUGAAAGGUGCUUCUCCUGGGUGAUUCUAAAUCCAGGCACGCUGACAGUAAAGAUCCCACUGUCACCCGUUCGUUCUUUGGCCGCAGGUGUUGGGAACCUUUGGAAUGUUGCCAUUGGUCCUUGUCUUCUUCUUCCUGGUUCCACCUGCCCUCCUGAACUUUAGCAGCCUUGCUGGUUCUACAUCCCUAGGCUGAGAACCGCCCUUCCACACUUGGUUCCCCACUGAUCCUUCAAUAACCUGGCUUCCUUGGUCAAGGAUUCUUCUUCCUACAUAGGUGCUGAAAACCCAGGUGAUUGACUAGGACUCUGGCUGAGUGUGGACUUGCUAAGGGUGGCAUGAGAUGCCCAGGGCUCUACAUCUGCCAGGCUUAUUGGUACUUCAUGCCAAUGGGAAAUCAGUCAAGGUUGGUUUGUGGCUCAAUUACACAAACCACAAGAAGUGAGGAUGCAGGGUGAUGGGGGAGGGAGCUGUUUGUGCAAACAUUGUGCAGAUGGGGAGAAAGGCUGCUUUUUAGUGGGCAAGUGUAUGUGUCCAUGGUUGGGUAUGUGUCCAUGGUGGGGUAUGGGUCCAUGGUGGAGUAUGUGACAGAAAUACUGCCUUGACACUUCUCAAGCAAGGCUGUCAGGCUCCACAAAUGAAACUCAAGAUAUUCUGUUGUAUGUGAACCUCAGAUGAUAUCCACGGAUCAUCUCCUUACAUAAGUUUAUCCCAGGACAGAGUCCAUCUGCAGCUGGAGUCUGAUUGUGCAUUGCGGCUGCUCUCUUUGUGAGGAGAUUUUCAGGUAAGGCCAGGGCAAGGGUGAACCAUCUAAGCUGAUCAGUCGCUCUGGAAAUCUCAGUGAUGAGAUAAAUUUUAACUUUGUGUAACACUUAAAAGAAACCAAACCCACUAACUAUAGUCCACGGGCCACUUGUAAGGAUAAAGUUUGUUGGCACCAAGGCAGCAGCUGAAGCUCCCGGGUAUCAGCAUGGGUUUCAACUAUGAUCCUG